AUGUCCUCCGACCAUUUACGCCAGGGCUCAAAUGCGACUUCACCAGCAGCAUCGAUGUCGCCGGCUGCGCAGAGAGCGAGCUCACCUUCAGACGAUGGCCGCUCCAGUAAUGCCAGUCGGGCACCCUCAAGUCAGGACCCGUACUAUUCCAACGAAGACAUCGCCGCAUUGCACGCGGUAGUUGUCGCUGCCCAGGAGCUACUCGACUCUGCGCCUGAACCAAAACCACUUCCCGCCGCUGCGCUGUUCAAGGCAUACGAUGCCGUACUCCCUACCUAUGGAAUCGACCCCGAUUCAGACCAUCAUCUGUCGACCUUUGUUUUUCGUGUGGGUGGUGAGCGAGGCGAAGGCAGCUUGCUUGAUAAGUUUCAAACUAUUCUUCAUCGAAUGGGGAUUGUUUUGGAGUUCGGUGAUAAUACUACAGUGUCACUCCGAACUUCAGCUUCCACAUCUCCCGCAGAAUCAUCCUUAAGUCGCCAAAGUCAUGCAGACUUGCAACACGAGAACAGUCAGGAGAAUGACCAACAAAACGGCCAUCUUACAUCUGAAGUCGAAGCCCCCCAAUCGCCAUUUUCGCCCUCGGCUUCACCUCCGUCUUCACCUUUGCAAUCACCUACCCAUUCACCUUCGCCUUCGCCACCACAAUCACCAUCCCAUUCGGAAGCACAACCUCGGCAAGACGAGAUGGAGUUUUCUGAGACCGACGAGGAAGAUGGCGCGUAUGAGGAGAUGCGAAAGGCGGUUGUUUCUUCAGCUAUGAACCGCUGGCGCUCCUUAGUUGCGAACCGUAGAGCACAACCCGCACAGCGAAUACCUUCCUUUCCAAGUAUUCCAGAGGAAGCUUCUGCCGAUGUUAGGAAUUUCGAAGAUCAUCCAUUUGAGCAAAAACCAGCAGCGCCUACCCAACAAACCAUCGCAAGCCCACAAGUCAAUGGUAUCGAGUCUCACGAUCAAGUCUCGGCGAAAGAGUCCACGGACCUGUUACCGAGGCCAAUGUCCGCACAAUCAUUCAUGCACCGACCUCUUUCAGUCCUCAACAAUGCCAUCCGAUCAACGACUUCUCUAUUGCAAGGACAUAUGCCACAAAGUGGGCAUAUUGAUGAGCAUUCACAUCACGAGAACGAAAUGCCUCGAAGUCCGGAUGGGGACUCUCCUCAUCAACUCAAGGAAUUAGAGGUGGCACCAUCCCAUCAUUCUCCUAUCCAAACAGUACCUGAAGUUCAUUCUCCAACUACAGCAGCUCGAACCAAUACUGUGAGCAACAAUGGGGGCACGAUUGUCCACCAUGCUGCACCGCAAGAGCGCACAAAUGAUGUAGCAUCUCAACAGCAAAUGGUUGAAGAAAGCCCCUCAACACCCGACGAGCAGCCUGACACGGAACGAGAGCACAGUCGGCUUCUUAGGCGAGCGACCAGGGCUCGCGAAAUCUACCUUGCAAGCAAAGUCUUUAACCAUUGGGCUGAUCGUACUGCACGCCGACUUGAAAGAGACGCCGUUGCAAGAAGACACAUGAUUCGGUUCCGCUAUUUUCGAUCCUGGAGUCAGGCUCCUGCACUUCGUGAGCCUGGCACAGAUUAUAUGAGAGCAGCUGUCGUUGUCAAAAAAUGGCAACGUAUUGUCGCCAUGGAAAAAAGCCUCCAAACGACUGCCAGAGCAGCGGCCCAGGCUUAUGAACUCAAAAAGGUUGGAAGAGUUCUCGAUCACUGGUCAUGCCAUCGACUCGAACACGUCGGACGCCAAAAAACAGCCUUACGUAACAGGACAGGGGCGAUUUUGAAGUGGCUAUCCCAGGCUAGUCAUGGCGAAGCUUUGGAGCAUGCCAUACGAACACAAGCGUGUCUACGACUUCAAGUAGAUACUAUUCACCGGUGGCAAGACCAUGCCGGUAAGGAGACUAUGUUAUGCGAUACUGCCAAACGAAUUGGAGACAUACAGCACUCUUUCACACAUCUACGUGAAUGGUGGGAUCAGGCUGAGAUCAGCCGAAGGGCGACUGAGUAUCGUAAACAAGUCAUGAUGCAGAAGGCAAAUUUUGCUUUCGAUCAAUGGAACUUGAGAGCAAGAGCGCAGGCUUUCCAAUGGAGACGCGAGUAUCUUCAAGUAGAACGAGCAUUUGACCGGUGGUUCCAGUGCGCAGAACAGGAUGGAGAUAUGAGCCGAAGGGCAGAGGGAUACUACGAGGAGCAGGCCAAGGCCAAGGUCCUCGGAGGAUUUCGACGACUCCAACGGGAGUCGUCUCACAUGGCACUCAUGGAGGACCGGGUUCGUCUUUAUCUAGGAGCCACCUCGGUAUUGCGAGUCUUUGACCGUGCGAUUAAGAACCGCAAGGACCAAGACAAAAGGCACGUGAAGAAAUAUCUCAUGGCCAGGUAUACUCAAGUUUCCUCAGCCCGGAAGAAGCGCAACUUCUUUGCCGCCAUUGACCAAUGGAGAGCGAUGGCUGAGGAGGACCGUAUCCAAAGUGAUUUGGUUCAAGAACUGCGAGCGCAGAAAGACUCCCACCAUCUUAUCACAGUUACUGACAUGUGGAUGAGUCAAACGCAGUUGGAUCAAAGACGCAUAGAGGAAGCAAAACUGCAACAUGCACAGGAAUGGCUGGAAGCCUGGAAAGUUUAUACCAGUGAUCUUGAACAGCGGGACGCGGAGGCUUGGCAGCUUUGGGCAGCUGACAAGCAGCGCCAGUCUCUAAAAUCUUGGUCAAUUGCGUCGCUGCAGCAAAGUGGCCAGGGUCAUACAGCAUUGGAGGUCCAAAAGAAGCACGAGCGGGAGAAACGCAACCGCGUCUUGCAACAAUGGCGACAACGUGACGAUAGAAUUCGAACCAUGGCGCCUGGAUCUCGUGUGCAAUCAAGCUCUGCGCCCUCUGCAUGGCCACGGGGAAGCUGGAGAACAGUAGCUGGCAGACGAUCGAUGGCCAAUCGCAAUGACCGAGUCUAUGACUAUUCUGGUACACCACUCGAGACACCUACCCGAUGGACCGGACAACCGUUCUCCAUGUCGACGAUGUUGCCGCCAGGAUCAAUGGCGCCGCUUAGAGAGGCUGAUGAAGGUGAUGGAGCAUUUUCGCUUGCUGGUGACGAAGAUGAUGGAGACUUACCAGCUUCGCCUUCCAUAAGACCUGCUUCACGAGGGCCUGGAAAGUUUUCUACUCUACCAUCAACCACGCCGAUGGCGCCAGUACCAUCACACCUUGAGCGAAAUGGCCAACGAGACGGAACCUCUAUAGGCGCAACCACGCAGCACCACUCGCGGAUCUCGAAAUUAGCAUCAUCACAAAUGGCGCCGGGUACACCAAGGCCGGUUGGAAUGCCCCAAUUCUCUGACCUGAACGGAUCGGAACCCUUGCAGCAGCCCCCUGCUUCAACAAGAUCUUUUGGGUUCGGGCCUCCUAAUGGACGCACGGCGAGGCCUCAACCUUCUUCGCCGGAGCCGAACUCCCCAGCGGUGGGCAGUAAAUCCGUUGGUGCUCGAUCAUCUGGUACACGAUUUGGACUUUCACGACCUACUACUAAGUUCACACCAGCAACAAGAUCUGUGCGUAUUCAAUCACCGAGCCAGAUCUCUUCUACGCCACAAACUCAGCCAGGGGGAGCAUCAAGAGGCCACCAACUGCGCGGUCGUACAAGCACAAGUCGAUAG